AUGGACCGACCGCGGAACAUCAACGACCUGGCGGACGAGUUGAUCUCGGAGGUCCUAUCCUUCCUGCUCGGUUCCGAGCAACUUCUCAACGACAGCGCCGUCGCAAGAGACACGGUUCUCGCCCCCGGGCCCGAUCUCAAUUCAAUCUCCGCGUACGGCGAGCAGACGGAGCUAGACCGAUUCCGACUCGUGUGUCGGCGUUUCACGCGGAUAGGCACGCCCCGGAAAUUCCCCCGCUUCGUCCUGCGGUUCUCCCGGGAAGGGUUCGGGAGACUGGAGGAUCUUCUGAGCAUGCAGCUGGCCUGCCAUGUCAGAUACUUCACGUACAUGGUGCGACCCUUCUACCAAGGAAGCGGUACCGUCUCUGAAGUCCCGCCCUACCUCCAGGGGAAAAAGGUCCAGCUGACAAGAACGAAUCUAGGAUGGAGCAAUCUCCUAAACGGGGUCGAUUCGGGUACACUCCCAGACGCGCGCAUCCACCAACGGCGCUUCCACGACCAGCGCGAAAUCCUCGACAACGACCAUGACGUCUCGCUCCUGCGCCGCGCGCUCGCAGCCUUCACCUCCCUCCAGCAGGUCAAGCUCCUGCGCCUGCAAGACAAGGCAGACGAGAAGGCCCUGGACUACAUACGGGAGCGCGCGCUGGGGCGCGACACCAGCCUCGACUGGGGCGCAGCGUGCUCCCGCGCCGUGUCUAGCCUAGGCAUCUCCCUCUUGGAAUCCACCCGGCACAGCGUCCGCUUCGUCGGACCACAGAUCAGCCCAGACGCAACAGUCCGCCUGUCACAGGCGCCCCCAACCACUCUGUCAGAGCUCGGCACCCGCCUCACAAGCCUAGAUGUGACCUUCCUAACAACAAGCGACAUGACGGCACACAUGGGCAGCCUCUCAAGCGUCUUCCACAACUUCUUCCUCGCCGCGCGCAACCUCACCGCAAUCCACCUGGGGUUCCCCCCAGGACUCCCCCUAGACCUCCCACUAGAAGCCAUCUUCCACAGACUACAGUGGAAGCGUCUCCGCACGCUCAGCAUCCAGGGCUGGCGGCUCCACGCGGAAGAACUCAUCAGCCUCAUCAGCCGCCACAGACGGCCCCUACGCGACAUCCGGCUAACAAGCAUCUACCUGCGCGAGGGGAGCUACUGGCGCGACGUACUAUCCACACUGCACUCCGACCUCGACCACCUCGAGCGGAUCGACCUGCGCGACAUAAACUACGUCCAGGCCGCCCACACCAAUAACAACACCACCACCAACGGCAGCAGCUCCAACGGCACCCCCAACGGCAGUACCCCAGAAACAUACCCACCACUCAUCCCAAUCAUCACGCGCCCAGCCUCUGAAUCCCCCCCGCCCCAGACAGCCCUCAGCGUAGACCACAUGUCGUUCCUCCCGCGGGGGAACACGCGGCGAUCGUUCUCAGGGCCGACGCUGGAGCGGCUGCGGGGAUUAUCUGCUGAUGAGCUCGGCGAUGACGGUGUCUGCGUAAGACGGGACCAAAGACUCUUCUGGGAGGCGUGGGUGUUAUCGUCUAGUGGGGGCAAUGACGGGUGGGGUUGA